UUAAUUGGAGGAAGAAGAUUUAAACAAUUGACUCCACGUCUUAUGAGGAGGCUUUCCAAAAAGACUGAAAAAGUUGGAAAACAACCUCUUUCGGUGGAAACUACGGAUGAAUAAGAGACGCCCGCGAGGGAGCGCCUUUCUCACAGGCGCCACGCCCAGGAGCGGCGCGGCGCGGGGGUGCGGAAACGCCCUUCUGGGAGCCGAGCGCCCUCCCGGCUGCCGACCGCGGUGUGCGGGGACAGGGGACAGGGGGCAGUUCCGUCGGGCCCGGGCUCAGGCCCCCGCGGCGCAGGCCGUCCGAGCCCGCGGGGCGCGCGGGGGUCAGGUCGAGGACGCGGGCCGAGCCGGGGAGUGCCCACGUGACCGCCCCGCCCGCCGCCGGCCGGGCCGCAGCUCCCGGCGUGCUCCUCAGUCGCCGCUGCCCGCCGCCCCGCCUUCUCCGCCCAGCGCCUCAGAGCCGGAUCCCCAGCCGCCGCCGCAGCCACCGCCGCGGGCACGAUGGCUUCUGGAGUUACAGUGAAUGAUGAAGUCAUCAAAGUUUUUAAUGAUAUGAAAGUAAGGAAAUCUUCUACACAAGAGGAGAUUAAAAAAAGGAAGAAAGCAGUUCUCUUCUGUUUAAGCGAUGACAAAAGACAAAUAAUUGUAGAGGAAGCAAAGCAGAUCUUGGUGGGUGAUAUUGGUGAUACUGUAGAGGACCCCUACACAUCUUUUGUGAAGUUGCUACCUCUGAAUGAUUGCCGAUAUGCUUUGUACGAUGCCACAUACGAAACAAAAGAGUCUAAGAAGGAAGACCUAGUAUUUAUAUUCUGGGCUCCUGAAAGUGCACCUUUAAAAAGCAAGAUGAUUUAUGCUAGCUCUAAAGAUGCCAUUAAAAAGAAAUUUACAGGUAUUAAGCAUGAGUGGCAAGUAAAUGGCUUGGAUGAUAUAAAGGACCGUUCGACGCUUGGAGAUAAAUUGGGAGGCAAUGUAGUAGUUUCACUUGAAGGAAAACCCUUAUAAAGUGACAGUCAAGUGCCAUCUGCAUCUUAAGGAGCUUCCAUUUCUGCAGCUCAAUUAAUUGGAAUAGUGUUAGGUUUUCAGUUUUUUUUUUCCUCCUCUUCCCACUGGCUCCUUCUAACAAUGAAUGGAGGAAAUACCAUUCAUGUAAGCAGUCUAUCAGUGAUUGCCAUUAGACUGUUUAAUACCAUUAACUUUUAUGUAGAAUCCAAGGAAUGCCUUCCCAUUGUAUUUAAGCCAAAACAACUGGUCAUAGCCUCCCUUGCAGCAAGCACUAUAAUGAAUGUGAUUGUCAAUGUGAAUAGCUUAGAAUACUGCAAAGGGUAAGAUAAUUGAAUGCCUUGAAAGUAUUAUCCACUGGUCAGAUGGUAAACUUUAUUCAGUAUUAUUUAUAAUUGCACUUGAUUGCAGUUCUGUGAGGCUCAGAGCAUUCAUACACCUCACCUGCCUUGGCAAGCCUAUUUUUGUGACUUGGCAACACAGAUACAACACUAUGCAUUGAAAGCACUUUUUUAUAAUAAGUUCAUCCUCACCCCCAAAAGGAAUGCCAAUUAAGUUGUUUGUCAAAUCAACUCAUCCUAGUACCUCAGUGUUCAUUCCUGUUACCUGUAUAUCUUCUUAAAAGAAAUAGCUGUUACUAAUACCUUUUUUUCCAUUGAGUGUACACUACUGAAUAAGUGUAGGAGCUUAUGUUUACCAUGUUAAGUCUUGCAACACUAAAGAUAUUUUCAAUAUCAGUCAUGAUGGCAAUUUCUGUAUAAAAGAGCCUUAAAUGGAACAUUGUUUUUGAGAUCAAACUCCCUACCCUCACAAAAAUGGCCACGUUGCAAUAAAAAUUGUGGCAUAUGACAGAAUGUUGCCUUGUUUUCCUUGGACAUUUUACAAAAGGCUAUGUGAAGCAACUUCUAAGGUAAAUCGCUAUUCUCUGCACUGGUCAUUUAAGAGUUUUUUUGUAUAACAUUCAUGUGUGAUACUUUCCAAUUUAUUUGGUUUAAAAAAUAUUUUAAAGCCAACUAAUAUAAAGUAUUAUUAUAAAGGGGUACUUUUAUAAGUUGUAUUUAUUUCCUUAUGUGUUAUAAAGGGAGAUCAGAAAUUAUUUUUUUGCACUUUAACAUAAAUACUCUUCAGUACCUGAUUUGUUCUCUGGAUAAAUUAGGGUGGUUCUUUUUUUAUUCACGUUUACAUUUCUAAGUAAUUGAAUAGUAGAAGCAGGAAGCUCUUGCAGCAUAUUUUGUCACAAUUAAAAUAAUUUGUAAAAUGUUGUCCUUCAAAAGUUUAGUAAUACUUCUUUAAUUUAGGAGUUUUAAUUUCAGCUACUAUUUCUUAAUUUGCAUAUUAGAAAAAAAAGAAUUGACAAAGCGGUCUCAAACAUUAAUAGUGGGAUUUGGCUGUAGUCCAGACUGCUCUCCUUAUAGAGAAUUUGAUCUGCCCAGUGUGAGCAGUUUGCUGUUAGCCAGAGCUAUUUAUGGCAAACACAUGCUUUUGUAUCUUGUCAUAGUUAUCCACAAAUGGCAAAACUGGACUUGAUUCUACUGGUAUGCAAAACGGGCAGGCUAGUAAGCACUCAAUUGUGGCUUAGAACUUAACCCCAUAUCUCUGAAGAGUGCUCUUAUUCAAAAACAUGAAAUGAAAAAUUCCCCUUUUUUUAAUGUAUAGAAGUAAUUCAAGUAUAAUUUUAUACGUUUCCAUAUUUUCAAACGAUUUUUCAGAUGAAAACAAAGGAGUUAAACGUCUAAGCUUCCAUUUAAAAUUAUAUAAGUGGCUUAGGAUCUUUUGCACUGAACAGUUUUAUUUCAGGCUUCCAGCUGUCCGUAUGAGUUACCCUGGACAUUUGAUGGCUUUUUGUAAGGCCAAACUCAUAAGUAAAGCAUGAGAAUACUGACAUACUAAACCAUAUGUGUAACUGAUAAUCUGUACCAUAGAUUUUUCCUUAUUUUCCUCAUUCUAAAAAAUAAGGGACUCUAAGUUAUGUAGUAUCUUUUGUUUUUAUAGCUGACUUCUCAAUUUUCUUACAUGCCUCAUAUAUAUAAUUCAGUGAUUAAAUACUGCUUUAAACUGUGGUACUUUGAUUUGUUAGAUUGACAGAACUGAUACUGUUAAGUUUAUCUUUGAAAUAUGUCUUUGUGCAUAAAGCCAAAAAUAAUUACAAAAUUAAUGGUUCAUGUGUUACUUGAGGCUGAUUUGGCAUUUGAAAUGAUCGUUUUAUUUUACAACAAUUUACAAUGAAACAGUGUUCCAGUUAGCUUUAAAAGGUAAACGGUGCUAAUUAGUAAAAUAUUGAGGGCAGUGUUUUACUGCUAGCUUGCAAAAUUUUUAAGUGUUUAAAAAAAUAAAAUAUAUGAAAAUAUAUAAAGCUGCUGAGACGUGUUUACUUAUGUACUUCAGAACAAUAAAAUUUUUAAAGCCAGUAU